AUGGACAGCUUCGUGCUGCGUGUUCAAAAUAUAGCCAUCGGCGGCAAGUACCAUUUGGAGCGAAAAUUAGGGUCUGGAUCCUUUGGCAAUGUCUAUUUGGGGCGCGACGCUGAAACCGGCAACGAAGUCGCCAUGAAACUCGAACAUCACAGUGUGGCACCGUCUCUACUUGAAGAAGAAGCGCGAAUCUAUCAAUCUCUAGCGCGGAAGGCCGGCUUUCCUCGGGUGUACUGGCACGGACAGCAAGAUGACUUCAUGGUUUUGGUCUUCGAAUUGCUGGGCCCGAAUUUGGAAGACUUAUUCCGAUAUUGUGGCGACCAGUUCUCGUUGAAGACGACACUGAUGCUUGCCGACCAACUGCUUCACCGCUUCGAGAGUCUCCAUUCCCACAAUUACCUUCACCAGGAUGUCAAGCCUGAAAACUUUCUUCAAGGUAUGGGUGAAGCGGGGAACAUCAUCUACAUGACUGAUUUAGGUCUUGCUAUCUACCGCCAUCCGGACCGGUGGAUCUCGAACAGCCCCUCUUCCCGUGAUGCAACAUGCAGAUAUGCAAGCAUCAACGGGCAUUUAGGUAUUGCUCAAUCCCGGCGCGACGACCUGGAGGCACUCGGCUACAUGCUGGUGUAUUUUAUACGUGGGAGAUUUCCUUGGCAAGGCUUCAAAGCAAAGCGGGAUGCCAAACACCUGCUGGUUUUGGAGAAAAAGCAGGCGACUAGUGCGAGCGAACUCUGCGCAGGCCUACCAACCGAAUUCGAGGAGUACAUGGAUUAUGUGCCCAACUUGCGCUACGAAGAUCGGCCGGACUAUCGGCACCUGCGGAAGAUGUUCAACAAGCUAUUUCGCCGACAAGGGUUCGAAUACGGCAACGUCUUUGACUGGACGAUUCCAGAAUUUCUGAGGCUGGAGCCUAACACCCAAGAACCGCUCGCGUCGAACGGAUGUACACGAGCGGCUAGGAGCAGACACCACGAAGCCAUCAGAUGA